AUGACUUACAUGCCCAACUUCCCUCCAAUUGCCACUAUACCCCUCCAAGCCCCUCCAUUAAGCAGUCUUAUUCCCAUAACAACAAACACUCACCGUAUCAAGUCCUGUCAAAGAGACCGACGAGUUUCCGGAGGUGCGAUUGCUUUGCUCUGCGAGAUGAGCCAACCACUCUCUUCUGCGACCGAGAGCGUCCGUCAACAAAUAAAGGGCGAGAUCGCCCAGGCAGUGCUGAAACAAAAGACGCCCCAGGAUACUAGGGGGACAUUCUAUGAAGAGGAUCAAAGUGGAAACAGGGCAUAUGGGGGACCAUUGCUUGAAGAGAAGGUGCCACGGCUAGUGAAGGGGAUGGGACUAGGAGAGGUCUGUGGGAAGAAGAUUUUCGAGUCCUGCUAUGCUGCAUCUACUUACUGA